GACAGCCUGUGAAGUUCGUGUGAGUCCUCGCGUGCAAACUGCGUUUAUCGUUUAGGACAAGAGUAAAGGCAAGAGAGAGAACAGUGACGUCUGUCAACACACAGCACUGCAACUUAGUGAGCAGACGACGCCUGUCCUCGCGCUUCGCCCGCGCAAAUUAACUUCCCAACGAAGAGACCUGCGUCUCGUCAUGGAAUUCGAUUUUGAAGACAGUAUAGCUGGCGGCGGAGCAGGGGAAGCUGGCAUGAUGCCUGAACAACAAUUCUUGCAGCCCCAAUCAGACUUACGCGGUGCAAUGCACAUCAACCUGGGAGGCGCCAACCAGGGCCAGCAGCAGCAACAACAGCAGCAGCAGCAGGACGGGGAUGAUCACAUGCAGCAGCAGCAGCCCUACGACGGCGGGCACCUGCACCCGCCCCCGGACGGCGGCGCCGGACCGCAGGACCCCAGCCAGCACGACGACACCCUCUUCGGCGACCAGCAGCAGCAACAGCAACAACAGCAGUACGUGGGCCCCAGCGCGGCCUCGGUGCGCGAGGCGCGCGAGGCGGGCGGCCGCGUCUACAUCGCCAACCUGGCCUGGUGGACCACGGACGCGGACGUGGAGGCGGCGGCGGGCGAGUUCGGGCGGCUGGGCGGUGGCGGCGUGCAGUUCCUGGAGGAGCGCGGCUGCGGGCGCUCCAAGGGCGCGGCGCUGGUGGAGUUUGAGGAGCCGGAGGCGGCGGCGGCGUGCAAGGAGCAGCUGGCCGGGCGCCCCAUCAAUGGACGACCGUGUGUGGUGGUGUUCGCGACCAGCUCCGCAACGGCCGCGUUGGAGCGCGGUGACCGCGGCGCAGGGGCGGCGGCAGCGGCUGGCGGCAGCAAGGCUUGGGGCUCACACCGCACAGGCGGAGCCCCGACGCCGCCCCCGCCUGCUAUUGCCGUGGCAGGCAGUGGCAGCGGUGGUGCUGUUGAUGUUGGCGGUGGCAUGGGCGGCGGCAUGGGCAGCGGCGGCGGCAUGGGCAGCGGCGGCGGCGGCAUGGGCCCUGGCAUGGGUCCAGGUGGCGGUAUGGGCGGCGGCGGCGGCGGCCGGGGAUUCGGUGGCCGCGGCGGGCGAGGUGGCCGCGGCGGGCGCGGGCGGGGCGGCGGCGGCAUGGGCGGCCCGGGCGGCGGCUUCGGCGGCCCUAUGGACGGCGGCCCCAUGGGCCCGGGUCCCAUGGGCAUGGGCCACAUGGGGCCGGGCGGGCCCAUGGGCCCCAUGGGGCCUGGUCCCAUGGGCCCCGGCGGCCCCAUGGUGCCUGGCGGCAUGAUGGCUGCGGGCCUCAUGGCGGCCAUGAUGGGCGGCGGGCCUAUGGGACCGGGCGGCCCCAUGAUGGGCCCCGGAGGCCCCAUGAUGAUGGGCGGCCGCCACCCAAUGGGCGGCCCAGGCCACUUCUAGCCUGCGGCUGGCAUGCGGCGAGCCAGCAGCGCGUGUGGGGCUGAGCUGCGCGGGGCUGUGACCGUUGGAUAGGUUGCGCUGUCAUGAAUGCAUCACCUUGCGGAGAAAUGGGACGAAUGCUGAGCCCGGCCGAGGAGAGCUGUUGGGUUGCCACAUUGAUUGCCGAUUGAGCAGACCUACUGAGUGCCCAGCUGAGUUUGGCGGCGAGUGCAGUGACUGAAUGGGCAGGGGGCUGGGCGGGGCGGGGGGACUGGCUGGCGGUGUGCAAUAUGAGCAUUCCCGAACUUGAGACUUGGGUUGUAGGGCGGCCACCGCUAGCCGGUGUGCAUGACGUGGCAUGCUGGACUGCGACGUGAUGACGGGCGCUGUGCGAGGUGAGGGGGGCCCAGGCCAGAGGCCACGGGCGUGGCGAUUUCACGCGGACAUACUAACGAAGUGCUUGCGAGUGAAUGCGAAUGCAAGACGCCGUCGCGAGCUCCAGGCUAGCAAUAAACAUCACGAAAGAAGUUAGUGUCAGCGGCAAUGCGGUUACUUGUUACCUUCGAGACGAGACACCGGUGCGCGCUCCACGCUGCUCCGCAUUCGGCACGCCAAACGGAGUCCGAGUGUCGUGGAGACUGCUGCCGCUUGCAGGGGCGGACGCGUUCCAGCUCGCAACUAGGCUGCUGCCAUUCGCCGCGACAACGCGAAACCCACAAAAUGCACCCACCUGGAACGGAGCCAGGCAUCCGCGGGCGCCCAUGGAGCAUAUGCGUGGGCAAGCGGAAAGAAACGGGAGAAGAAAGAAGCGGCGUGGCGGAUGUCAGUAGCCGAUGCCGGGCAAAGCUGCCGAGCAAGUGAAGCAGGGUGGCUGCCUAGCUGGGGCCGGGCUGAUUAGAGGGCUGAACGGCGGCUGCACCGGGCGAGCUGUACUGGUAGUAUGUACUGGCGCCGGCCAAGCGUGGUAAGUAUGGGCGCCGCUGCAUGGAUCCCGCCCCCAUGUGCCGCGGCGAGGCUGGCGACGAUGCAGUGGCGUACAGCUGACAGCUGAGACGGACGGGCGCGGACCGCUGUGCGGUUCCCCACACCCGUCCAGGGACCGGCCCACGCACGGUGCAGCGGGGCCGGCCGGGUGGGGGAACCGUGCUGACAGCUGAGUGGGCGGCGGGCGGAGGGCUGGCCGAGCUCGGUGCGUGUCCACGGCAUGUACCCGAAACCGCUGAAAAGCC